UGCAAAGCAGCUAGUUACAAAUACUUCCUUAAAACCAUAGUUUCUAAUAUAAGAGAACUCAAAUUAGCACGAGAAGCUGCUAUAGCUGAAUCUAAAGCUAAAAAACACUUCCUGAUACUUACAUUUGGAUCUCGACUUAGAACGCACCAAAAGCGAAGGCAUUUCAUGAUGUCAGAUCCUGAGAGUGAAUGUGUACCUCCACACUAUCAGCCUCUAAUGAGCGGCACUCCAUCUGAAGUCCCAUCUGCGGUCCCAGGGUUGAAUGUGCCUAUGGCAUCUUUCUUUCAGAACGUCAGUCCUCUGCCCCCCAUGUUCUACAUCCCUCCUUCAACCCAGACCUGGAGUGUCCCCACUGUGGCACCACAAUGGCAGCUGUCCGCCAUCAUACCCCAAAAUAUGGACUCGUCUUUCCCAUUUUUCCAAACAUUUCUGAAGGGUAAACCAAAGGCUCUGGGAAUUGUGGUCAUUGUGGCAGCCAUCUUGGAGAUUGGUCUCGGCAUUGCAUUGGGCUUCACCGGAUUUAACUUCACGCUUAUAAGCGGCCUUCCUUUUUGGGGCCCUGUGUUUUGUAUCAUUGCCGGAUCUCUGACACUUGCAGCUCUGAAAAACCACAAUAUCUGCUUGAUCAAAGGCUCUCUGGGACUGAACAUCAUUAGCUCCAUUUCCAGCAUGGUAGCUCUGAUCCUAAAUAUUGUCGAUUUGGUAACCCUGAGCUGCUACAGUUUCUAUAACUCUGGGCGCUAUUAUAAUAGCUAUGAAGUGCAUAAGAGAUGCCAAGAGGAACUUAAAGGUGCCUAUGCUGUUAUUUUACUACUACUUGUGAUAAAUGUGCUGCUCUUCUGUGUCACCGUUUCCACCUCUGUUUUUGAAUGCCGGUCUCUCUCAAAAGUACAAAGUGUCAUCCAGGUGUACAUGUUACAGAAUGAUGCCGUCCAUGCCAUGAAUCCUGGUGGCAUUCCUGUUCCUGUAACCACCACUUAUGUUCAACCAUCAGCACCACAACCACCACCUUAUUCAGUCAAUUUAGUUAAAGUGUGACCAAUUCAAUAAUAAAGAGCACCUGUCAUCUAUAUAUUUUAUGGAUUGAUCAGCUUUCUACCGGA